GAGACCAAACCCUAAAUCAAGCUUUUCAGCGGCGAUGGCGAUGGCUGUGGUGAGGGGGGAGGCUACGCCGCGAGCCAGAACCUUCCCCUUAACGUAGUUUGACUUUGGGAUUGUGCCGAUUUUGCACCAAGUGGCGUAGCGUGUGGAUGCCGGCACCAUGUGCGGCGUCGCGUUAAUGCAGCUGGAACAGACGCAUUGGGAUUUCCAUGGCCUGCUUGCGGGCCCCAAUGGGGUUUAUUAGAUAAAUUUUGUUGCUGCUCGUGGGUUUGUGGGAGAGGUGGUUGAGUAAAUGUGUGUGUGGUUCCGCGUUCUCGCGGUUUGACAUUCCCUGCUACUGCGGGGGUGGGGGUGAGAUGGUUUCUUCCUCGCGCGAGUCGCGAGAGGAGGCGGGGGUAGUGAGAUGCAAUGACUUUGGGGUUUGACCUUCGUCAGGGAGUAGUAGUAGUAGUACUAUGUGAGGAGGCUCACACGACUUUGCUCCAAAAGUGGGGAAAAAAGUGUUGGGGCAGCUAGCAAGCAAAUGUGAGGGGGCUCAGAUGGCGAGGAUUCGGAUGUCCACGACGUGGGUGUAUGCCAUCGUGUUCGUGUUGUUGCUGCUGCUGCAGACGCCGCACAGUGCUGAUGCUGCUUCUGCCCGACAGUUACGAGGUGGCUCAGGCAGUACCUUAGUCCAAGAGGCCUACAGACCUGACAGGCGUCUACUGAACUGGAGUGAUGAACAAGCUGGCCAUGAUGUGGUGCCAACGCCCUCACAACCGGAGGAUAAUGAUCAAAUGUAUAGACAAGGGGCUCGCUUUUUAAUCGCUGAACUGCACGCAGACUACACUGAACCUGCAGCAAAUCCUAGCGUCCCAUACACUGGUGUACCAUGAACAGUUACUUUAUAAGUGGUUACAGGGUUCGGUCUCUCUGCGACGGCACGAAAUAGACAACCGCAGUCAACAUGUGGACUCGCUUUCGGUCGAGUGAAGCGAGUUACACAUGACGACGAUUGGCCCUUGGGCAUGUGAUUCUGUUGGAUAUCCUUUCAAGUGGACAAGUUUUGGGAUAUAAGUGACGACUCAUCCAUAUGAUGACGGAGAAUCCUUCGACGGCUCAUUGUCUUCCCAUCUCGUGUUUCACUUCCGAAAGAAGUUUUCGAGUAAUGAAUAGUUUCUGUGAUCAAUUAUUCGUCAACUGCAUUUCUUUUGGUGGAGCUUGUGACACCUCUGCUUGUAACAUGGCUCCCGCAAUCUCUUGUUUGUGUUUCAAGAGCUUUUCUAGUGCGUACAGAGGUGAAGCAAUCAUCUCUACAGAUGAUGAGACAGAUGAAAGAGGUGUACAGUUGAAGAGCAUACGUAUUUGUUGUGCAAAGGAGCCUGUACUGGCUCAUAAAGGAUUGAAUUGUAUGUUGACCGGCUUUCAAAUGAUGAACUGAUUGGUCCAAAGCAGUGUGUGUAAUAUCUUAUUGUUAAAUUGCACACGGUGCAAAGAUCUAGUAUGAAAUAUUUUCAGUGA